AUGGAUCAAUCCGAUCCCGAUCAUCACUCUUCGGAGGUCAACUAUCCAGUUUCCGACAUGGAAAACUACGCUGGCUUACCUCGACCUGAGCUUGGACUAGCUCCUGCCGGUGCCCUACUUGGCAUGGAAUCUAUUCCAAUGGUUCCAUCUGUUCCACAAGAACAUCAAUUCUACAUGCCAGCUCCACAACCCGUUCAGCCGCACCUCAAUAAUGUCGCCCUUACUGGCUUAAUGCACAACUAUCUUAUUUGA